CCCCCGCCUCUCUCUUUUAGCAAAUGCAAUUACAUCGUAUCCCGCCUGCUCUGCUCUCCCCCAUCCCCCCCCCUACAUGUCGUUCAUUGGGGAGGGCUCGUGCAGUCCGUUCUUUGUUUUCCGCUUCCCACCAUGUGAUCGAGCCAGAGAGAUCGAUCCCUUUUGCAGUGCAAUCCAACCCCCCCCACUCGGCUGCCUAAGCGCAUGGAUGGAGCGAGGGUUGGAUGUGUUUGGCCAUUGAUUGUUUCUGGCUGGUUGCAUCCAGCGCCUGCUGGGCCAGAAAUUGUUUUUUGGGGAGAAAAAUUAUCCCUUGCAGUUUUUUAGCCUCGAUCCUAUCCAGGCUUACUCGGAAGUAGGUCCCACUGAGUUCCGCUGAACAGGAUUGGAUUGCAAGAGUCAUCUUAUGCACGCUUACUUGGAAUUCUCUUGUUAUUCCAGCAGGCAGUGGAUGUGUGAAGGAUGAGAGGAAUCUUCAAAAAACCAAUAACCUGCUGGAGUCAAACUGAAGACCUUUAAGACAUGCCAAAGGAAGGGCUUUCCAGAAUCCAGAGAAGGCAGACGUUUAUGGUAGUUCAUACAGACUAACAAGAUAAUUAAUAAUAAUAACUCCAUUUGUUGGCUGCCGCAUAACAAUUGUUUUCUGAGCAGCUCACAAAGUAAAACAAUAAAAUAACGUGAUCAGAAAACCAUUUUAUUUGCUGGAGAAUGUGAGAAUAAAAGUUAGUCUAGCAGAAGUCCAAAAUAAGAGUCAUAAGUCUGGGAGGGCGGAAAGCAGACAACAGGCUCUAAAUAUUGUGCACUGGAGCGGGGGAAAGCCAUAGAACUCAAUAUAAGAGUUUACACUAAGUUGGUUCAGAGGUCAUGUGGAACAUAUUCAAGACCUCUCUACAUCCUUCUGUUGCCCCAGUGGAUAUAUAGGAAGACCACACUCCAACAACCGGUUAGUCUCCAGCUUGGUUGCCUCCAUACCUGCCCCACUAAUUAAGGCAUUGCAGGCUGCCGCUGCCUCCACUAUGGCAUUGCAAGUCAGCUCUGUUACAGCUGAGGACGCAGUAGAUUUUCAGCAGCCCCCCAAAACACGGGCAAAGUACUGGAGUGAAUCUGAAACUGGAGUCCUUGUAGACCUCUGGGUCAGCGAGCAGGUCCAGGCAGCACUACAGCACCAGUACCAUAAUGAAACUAUAUAUAAGUGGAUCUCGAAGGAGAUGACCAAGCGAGGGUAUAACCGCAGUGGUGCCCAGUGCAAAGAGAGGGUGAAUCUUCUGAAGAAGAAAUUCAAGCAGCUCGUUGCCCACAACAGGUGCUUGGGUGUGGAGCCAAGAACUAUGCCACACUACAAGAAGUUGGCAGCGGUGCUCUUGAACCGGAGGGGUGUCGCCCUCAGCCAUACAGCCGGAAGCAGCCUCCCCAUCACAGACCAGAGGCAGGGGGCGAACAAGAUGGCUGUGCCGAGUACAAGCAAGGUUGCUGUCCUGGCUCCUGUGGCAAGCACAUCAAGCGCUAGCCCCUUUCCUGUUCUAGGACACGUGGCAUCCCAGGAAGCCUUGGAACCCUCUCGCUUGACACCCCUGACCUCGAAGAGACCUCCGCAGCAAUUGCUCACAGGGGCAAGGGUCGAGCAUGUGGGGGUCUCUCAGGAAAGACCUGGCAUCCCCCUUGCCUCUCAGGCGCAGCCUAGGAAGCAUCUGGAAGCCACAGCAAGGGGGCUUCUUUCUGCCUCGACCGUUGCCAAUGGCAAGGAAGCCCUCCGUUUGGGAAGUGGGCUGCCCCACACCCAGCUCAAACAUGUGCACCCGGUGGAGGUGUGCCUGGUGGACGAACACGGCCAGACCACUGAGUCUGCCAUGUACUCCCCUGUUCCAAAAGGAGAAAUAGAAGAAGAGGAACUAUUGGUUGAGGUGAUCCAUGUCAAUAUGGAUCCAGCUAUUGUAGAGGAAGUCAUACAGUCAUUGGAGGAGCCUGGGGAACCUCUAGGAGGCAUUCAUGAAGCAAUAGACCCACAAUCCUCAAUGGAGUCCUCACUUCAGCCUCAGUCUGAGGAACUCUUCUCACCGAUCCCUGCACAUUUACUCCAGUCCUUGGGAAGUGAUUCUGUCUUUGAUGACUUUCCCUCUUCCUCCAUUGACAAAGACAGUGGAGGAGAAGUUCUAGGAGCGGACAGCAACACAAGCCUUUCUGAGGGACUCGAAGGUAAAGGUGAAUAUGUGGAUGAGCAGCCAGACGGUGAAGCUAAUGUUGACAUGGUGGGAGAUGAACCGACUGCCCUUGAUCCCCCUGAAAUUCCUCCUCAAGGACUAGAGGGACAAGUUCCUCCGGAAGUAGUUGGAGGAGGUGCUGAGAGACGGCCACUCACUAACGCUCAGCGUGCAGCACGGUUCAGGAAUAGGAAAAGAACGGAAAAGGUGCUCCUAGCUAAAGAAUUUGUAAGAGAGACUGCAAGAACGCGUGAGAAGAUCUGUGAACUCUUAAGGGAACUUGACCGUAACGAGCAUCAGAGAAGACUGGAUGACAGAAGGGUGCUAGUUUGGGUGUCCGAUCAAACAGCGAGGGCCAUGCACAAAAUCACGCGGGAAUCUACAAGCUCCAUAUGCAACACUCUGCGUGAAUGCAUCAGAGAAUCUGACGCGGCUUUCGAGCGGGGGAUGGAGGCACAUACUGCUCAGCUGAAGCGUAUUGCUAACUUAAUGUCUGCCCGUCUCAGUCAGCAGCCCAUGGCACCUCCCCCUCCCCAGGUUUACCCACAUCCUUAUUUCAUUCAGCAGCCAAUGAUGCCUGCCCCUUUCCCUUCUCAGCUAGAAAGGGAGGAUGCAGCUGCAACAGAGAUGGAAGUCCCAAAAGCUACAGGACAGUCUGCAGGGCAAUCCCCAGCCACUCAUACUUUGAAGAGGAAGAAGCCAUCCUCCACUAGUGUCACACCAUCGCAGUCACCAGUGCAGCAGUUGCAUUCAGUAGUUGUAAAGUUGGAGGAAGAGUCAGAAGUCAGUGGGUCUGAGACAGAAGAGUAGCAGUGGGACCCUGUUAUGUAACAUUUGUAUUUUGUUUCUCAGGUUGCUUUUUAAAAUGCUCAGUUAUAAGCAGAGAUAUGGAGUGGAAUAUUUUCUGUGGGAAGUUUUCCAAAACAGAAAAUUUCCCAGGAAAAUUUCCUGCACUUCUUCUGUGGGGAAUUUUUUCCAUCUUAUUGGAAAUUCAUUGGCUAACAUCCAGACUAGAACUGCACGUGUUCAAUAGUGCAAGUUCCAGAUUAUCACUGUGCAGUUGCUUGAGUGCAAGAAGGAGCCAUUUUUGCUAAUCUCUUUCCUCUGAAGCCCACUUCGCGAACAAAAGUUUGUUCCUUCCCUUGCUGAAGCAUUAGCAGAGUGGAAGUUGGGAGGUCACACUGCUGCAUAAUAUUUAUUUUAUAUUUGUAUAAUCAUAUACCAAUACCCAAUAAAAAUUAGGUCUCUAUGUUGGAAUCUCCAGCAGAAAUGCAUCAUCAUCUUAGCGCUGGCACAGUUGGCUCCAGGCAGUACUUACUAAUUCUGGCAUGGGAGGGGGAAGAUUAAUGUAAAAUUAGGACACCUUCUCCCCCCCCCAUUUUUAUGCAAAUUAGGAAAAAGUUGCAUGGGAAAAAUUCCCAGAAAGGUUUUCCAGAAAAUUUUCUUAUUCACAAUUUCCCAGAAAAAUCCACAUCUCUGGUUAUAAGACUGUUUAAUGUUUCUCUAUCGGAUUAUGGAAAACAAUACUUGAGGCUCUCUCUACUCGAUUCUGUGUUAGAAAUAUAAGCAGUACAAUUAUUCUGAUAAUGCAGUCAUUGGUUGGUUUUAAAAAAGCACCCUCUGAUGAACACAAUUAAAAAUGUUUUUGUGAUGAA